AUGGCAUUUAUGGCGAAAAGGAAUUUCUUAUCGCAUUUGUGGGCAAUCUUAGGGAUUCUCGUGCUCAUGUGGCUCACUAUUUCGGUAGAGGCGCUUCCCUUUCCCUUUUCAUUCCCCCCCAAACCCAAAAGAGUGAGGUGCAAUUUAAUCCAGUAUAUCGGAUGCUACUUGAUAUGGCAAGUUUGUCCAGUGCAGUGUCCCAGUGCCUGUUUAAUGGACUGUGCCACCUGCAAGCCUGUCUGUAGCUGUAAUUACCCAGGCGCUGUGUGUCAGGACCCACGGUUUGUCGGUGGAGACGGAAUCACCUUCUACUUCCAUGGCAAGAAAAACCAAGAUUUUUGUUUAGUCUCUGAUGGAAACUUGCACAUCAAUGGUCAUUUCAUUGGAAAGAGAAACCCGAAAAUGAAGCGAGAUUUCACUUGGGUUCAAUCCGUUGGCAUUCUCUUUAAAAACCACCAACUUCUUGUGGGAGCUAAAAAGACAUCUAAAUGGGAAGAAAACGUUGAUCACCUAGAAUUGUCAUUUGAUGGUAAAUUUAUCUCUCUUCCACCCAAUGAAGGUGCAAAAUGGCAAUCAGCAAAGGGACAAAACGUUAUGGUUACUCGUACUAGUAAUACAAACGGCGUCAUUGUAGAAGUUGCUGGGAAUUUCAAAGUCACAGCAGUCGUGGUUCCUAUUAGCGCGGAAGAAUCAAGAAUCCAUGGUUAUGAUAUUUCUGAUGAAGAUUGUUUUGCUCAUUUGGAACUCAGUUUCAAAUUCUAUAGAUUAACAGAUAAAGUAGACGGUAUUUUAGGUCAGACAUAUAGGAGUAACUAUGUUAGCAAGGUGAAGAUGGGAGUAACAAUGCCAGUUAUGGGAGGCCAUCACAAAUAUGUAUCUUCUCACCUCUUUGCUUCUGAUUGUGCUGUUUCUCGUUUUCAUGGACAUCGAAUGAUGCUUGGAAUUGGUAGUAAUGGUUCAGCUGCCGAGUAUCCAUCCUUGAAAUGCAGCAGCGGAGUCCACGGAAAUGGGGUUGUUUGCAAGAAAUAGAGAAGCUAUUGAAGGAGCGGGAGUAAGAAAUUAGGAGAAUAAGGUGC